AUGGGCGAUCAUGUGCUUGACCAGAAUGACAUCAUACGAGAUGUGGACAAUGAUAUCGCUUACGUGGUGAAACUGGUCUUUCUGGUCAGCUUGUAUCCCAUGGUGGGUGUGUUUGGUGUAGGAACCAACAUCGUCAACGUCCUUGUCUUCUGCCAGCACGGCAUUGACGACACCGUCAAUGUAACGUUAGCAGCACUAGCUAUGGCAGACAUCGGUAGCCUGUUUGCCAUCAUAUUUCUAGGUCUGUGUUACAACCCACUGUUCUUCAACUUAGACGUCUCAUUCCACUCCAGUGAGGCAGCCUACCUGUUGGCUGGAAUGCCCAGGCUCUGCUUCAGUAGAAUCAUUAACCUCAUCGUCGCCUUCGUCACCCUAGAGCAGUGUCUUUGUGUACGGUUUCCUUUAAGAGUGAAGACGAUGAUCACACCUCGCCGUGCUGUGACUGUUCUCGUCAGCAUCUUUACCUCCAUGAUCGCCAGCAUAUCUCCGAUAUACUUCUCUACCAACCUUGCUUGGAAAACAUACAGGAACAGAGGCAACAAAUCACUGCUAGGACUCGACUUCUCAAACAACCGACGUGAAAUUGAUCAGUGGACUUUCGCCCUAGGAUCUGUAUUUGGUUGGUUCUCUUUCCUACUAGUAUUCGUGUGCAGCAUAGAUCUAAUCUUCAGCCUACGUCGCUACCAGCAUUUUCGGAAAACAAGCACUACGCAGUCGUCAAACACCUCAACGAGACGCGACGCUCGUGUCGGAAAAAUGGUUGUUGUUCUAUCCUUAGUGUUCAUCGUAAGUUUUAUUCCGCUGAAUGCUAUCCAGAUGUGCAAAUCCACCAUUCCACGUUUCAACAAAGGGAGCGACAUACCCAACAUUUACCACAUAACCUGGUCUGUUGCGUACUUGGUGGAGGCAAUCAACUCCUCCAUCAACAUCUUUGUCUACUUCAUUAUGAGUUCAAAGUUCAAACAAACGACCAUGAACUUGUUUGCCAGACGAUGGCCACUCACUGGCCGGUCUUGCCAAUGA